CUUGUGAUCUUCAAGUCUAAUCACAUCCAUCCCACGCCCAUCACCUCUUUCCAUCAGCACGACGUCACCGCGCUUAAAGCUUUGGACAUAUUAGACUCUGCUCUACCCUUCCAACUUGCCAUCUCUCCGACUCUCUUCGCCCAAGCACAGGCAUACCACAACCACCCUUAUACACCAAAAACACCAAACACACAAAUCAUCCUCGAUACCCAACACUAGUCAACAUGGCUGCCAACAAUUAUACCAAGAAGGCGGUGCACUUUGGUGCUGGCAACAUUGGUCGUGGUUUCGUUGCCUGCUUCCUUCACAACUCUGGAUACGAAGUCAUCUUUGCCGAUGUCAACGCCGACCUAAUAAACGCCCUUAACGCCAGCCCCUCCUACAAGGUUAUCGAGGUGGGAAGCGAAGGAACGGAGGAAUCGACCAUUACCAACUACCGCGCCAUCAACUCUCGCACCAAUGAGGAGGAGCUUAUCCAGGAAAUCGCCACGGCUGAAGUGGUGACUUGCUCCGUCGGCCCCAACAUCCUCAAGUUCAUUGCCCCUGUAAUUGCCAAGGGUAUCGACCGCAGAUCCGAGGACCUGCCCCCUGUGGCUGUCAUUGCCUGCGAGAAUGCCAUUGGGGCGACGGAUACUCUUGCCGAGUACAUCAAGGACCCUAAGAACACUCCCUCGCACCGGUUGGAGAACUAUGAGAAGCGCGCCCGUUUCGCCAACUCGGCCAUCGAUCGCAUUGUUCCGGCCCAAGAUGCCGACGCAGGCUUGGAUGUCAAGCUUGAGAAGUUUUAUGAGUGGGUGGUCGACCGCACUCCCUUCAAGGACAUGUCGCCGCCGGACAUCAAGGGCAUCAACUGGGUCGACAACCUGCUGCCCUACAUUGAGCGUAAGCUCUACACUGUCAACACCGGCCACGCGACGGCCGCUUACCAUGGUUACAUCCGCCGCAAGAGCACCGUCUAUGAUGCUCUCCAAGAUAAGGACAUCCAGGAAGAGGUCAAGAAGGCGCUCGAGAACACGUCCCACCUCAUUACGCAGAAGCACGGCAUCGACGAACAGGCCCAGCACGAGUACGUUGAAAAGAUUGUCAGGCGCAUCAGCAACCCUCACUUGGAGGAUGCCGUCGAGCGUGUGGGCCGUGCCCCCCUACGGAAGCUGUCCCGCAAGGAGCGGUUCAUCGGCCCCGCAGCCGAGCUUGCCGAACAUGGUAAGGACUGCAGCGCUCUGCUCGAUGCUGCUGAGAUGGCGUUCCGCUUCCAGAACGUCGAGGGCGACGAGGAGUCGGCCGAACUUGCCAAGAUCAUGGCGAGCAACAAGCCCGAGGACGUUGUCAAGCAGGUCUGCGGCUUGAAUGAGCAGGAGAAGCUGUUCCCCAAGGUGGUCGAGGUUGUACAGCGCGUACAGGCCGACUUGCAAGACGACUAGAUGGAGCAUUUCUGUCAACUUGUGUUUUCAAAUUCAUUCUUACUUCAUGUCUUAUGAUAAAUGAGCGAAGACUUUACGGAUAGGGAAUAGGGCAACGGUGUCGUGGACCCUCGGAAUCCGGAGAAUAUGGCGUUCAUUUGGUUGCUUUCUGGGAUAUCAACAGGGAGCAUUAUACAAUUGGGAUCAAUGGCGUUUAGCCGGGAUCAUAUUAACAUCCUGGAGGUUUUGGUUUUCCUUUUUCUUCUUCUAUAUUAUUAUCUUCGCGCAAUCACUAGAAGCGCUUUGCAGUGAUAGAUAUAGUUCAAGUCAAUAAGAAGUACUCACACUCAA